UGGCACGAGCGACACAUUUACCUCCUGCAGAGCUGAAGCUUUCAGAAUUCAACCCAAAUAUAGGCUGAAGGAAGCUGCAAGCGAGAUGAAACUAUUCCAGCCUGCAGCCUGCAACAGUUUGGCUCGUGUCUGCAGAGCAGAACACACAUUCAAGGGAAGAGAAUUCAAAUUAAAGUUUAAAAGUUAGAAUAAUUAAAUUGUGAUUAAAAUGUUGGCUUCACCAAAUCGAGGACCAAUUAUUCGAAUGGCAAAUUCACCAAGAGCAACAAACGCACCAUCAACAGGAAUUAAUUGUUGCUGCUGCAGUUGUUUCACGUGUUUAAACACAGGAUUUGUACGAUCUGAAGAUGGAAUAUUAAAAAUUGUUCAAGUUAUUCUAGCAUCAUUUUGUCAAAGUCUAGCAAUAAAUUUUGGUCUUCCCUAUGCAGCUACAAUGGGUACAGCUUAUCAUGGUUUCCUAACAACAGUUUCCUGGGGAUUAAUGACGAGUUUUCUACUUUUGGUCUGUUAUAUAUUCUCAACGAAUUCGUUUAAUUUGAUUCGACAAUCAUUAUUUGAACUGUUCUUUAAUGCAAUGGCAUCUUUCAGUUAUCUUAGCUCGAGUUUUUAUCUCGCUUUCGCUGUGACGACCUUUUUGUAUCCUCAAUACAUAAUCGUGCCUUAUUUUCAAGUUUAUCCUGCAAUGUCAGCUGCAUAUAUGUUGGGUGGAAUAGUGGGCAUCCUGCAUGGAUACGACGCAUACAAAGCGUACAAAUUCUACAAAGGCUAUAGAUAAGCUAAUUACACGCCGUAAUCAGUAACAGUGUCAUUAAGAAAUGUUAAUAGUAAAGUUAGAACAUGAAAUCGACUACGCAACAUGUCAACAGUCUACUGUUCUUGCUCAAAAUACUAAACAAGUUUUGUGUUUUGUUUUUUCGGAUGUGCAACACAUGAAAUAUUUAAUUUAUUACAAAACUAGCUUUUGCCUGCGAUUUCGUCCCGGUAGUGUAUAAUAAAAAUGUAAUUUGAUUUUACUUUCUUGUUCUAGACAUUGUAUGUGUCAAUUCUAUCAAUAAGAAUCGCAAUAUUAUUUUAAAGAAAUUAAUUAUAUAAAGAAUUGCUAAUAAUGCACUUCAGCGCGCCAUCUCGGAUUCAACAAUAUAACUAUAACUAUGAUUGAAUCUCAAUGCCAACGUUUAUCCUAUAGAAAAGGGCUGUCUUUAGAGGUUUCCCUGACAAUUAUUCGAAUUUUUCUUGGCGUAAAAACCAUCCUUGAACUUUAACAAACAUUUAAAAAAAAUAAUCGGCCAAUUUGGUUUAGGCGUUGUUGAGUUAUGCGCUUACUAACAGAUUUUGCGAUUCAUUUUAUAUUACAAAAUAACAAAAUUAUUAACUCAACGGAUGCGAUUAUUUGAUUAUUUAUUAUUUGUAUUAUUUAUAUAAAUAAAAACAGUGAAUUUCACGAGAAUUUCGCUUCGAAUAUUUGAUUGAUACUCGAAAAUGACUCAGAUUGAUUGGAAUUAAUUGAAAUAAAAGCUUUAAUUAUAUGGAACAAUGUGCAAUAUAAAUUUAGUACUUUCCUAAGUCGCAUAUAAGACGAGUUUGCAAGUACAUAUUUAAGUAAAAGGCUUGAUAAGAGUAAUAUUAGGAAUAUUUGGAGCAUUUUAUGAUUUAACAACCAAAUUCGCUUUGUAAAACAAAAUUUUGUAAAUAAUCUAAUAAUCCUAGGCUUUAAAGUUUAUAGGAAUAAUACUAUUGUGGAUUGUAAAGUACAUUUAUAGUUAAAAAUAAAAUUUUAAUAAGUUUCAAGUAAUCUUAAGUAAUUAAUGGAAAUGUAAUUAAAUAUAUCAUAAUUCAGGGAAUAUUAUCAGAUUAAUUAGAAUGGAUUAAUGUUUCGGAGUUAUAAAAAUACCUGAUUAAGAUGAAUAUCAUUUCUAUAAGCUGUGAUUGAUUAAUAUACUUCUGCGUCAAGAUAUUAAAUUUGCAGAAAUAUAAAAAUAGCGGUUUUUAAGAGGCAUUUCAAGAUAUUUUCUAAGAAUUCAAAAGGUGAAUGUCUUUACCUAAUAUAUAAAAAUAAAAAAUCAGAAAUU